AUGUCAGUUAGCAAGUGCUCACCAUCUAGUGGACCUCGAGAGUCACAGCCGCAAACGAAGACUGAGGAAGCUAUCGACGAGUCCAAGUGCAAUCGAGGAAAGAGCAACGGCAAGAUGACGCUCAUAGAUUUUAGCAACGUCGUGCAUCAGCAGUGCAUCUCACCGGAUGAUCAGGUGUAUCCGUCGUCACCAACGAGUGUUGAGUCCCGUGGAUCUGGAUCCAGCUGGCAGAGUUACAAUAAUUAUCGGGAGGCUACUCACUGCGAUCAGCAGUACUGGAGGAAUAAUGACUUCCGUCAACAGCAGCAGCAGGACCUGGUCAGGACGCAGCUUCCUCCGUACGUUCAUCCCACCAUUAAAAUAGAGCUGGGUCAGCAGUCGGAUCGACAGAUUUCUUCGAAUAGUAAUCAAGCUGCGCCACGCAAGCAAUCCAACGGCAAGCGUUCGCGAACAGCGUACUCCAGUGCCCAGCUGGUGGAAUUGGAAAAACAAUUCGCCCUCGGCCGUUACUUAUGCCGUCCCCGCCGGAUCGACAUGGCGCGAGCGCUCGACCUCUCCGAGAGGCAGAUAAAGAUCUGGUUCCAGAACAGAAGGAUGAAAUUCAAAAAGGAGCAGAGCUCCGACAAGCCGGAUGGUUCCCUGAAGUCGUCAAGAUCCUCAGCCCCUUCUGUGAAGAAGGAGCCAAUCGAGAAAUCUGCGAACGCUUCACCCCCGAACUGGCCGCUGCCGAGCUACCGCCAAGUGCCCACCAGCUCGCCCUCGGGCUACUAUCAGUACGUGCCAUCAGCGAUGAUCUCACCCGGCCACAAAACCUACAACCGCGUCCCCGAUCUUGGCGACGUCAAGAUCGAGAAGGAUCGGUAUCAGGUGCCUCUGCCCGGCUCCGGCCACACCGUUGGCUCCUUGGAGCAGCAGGCCAGCUAUUGGAAACCCUACGAGCAAGAAUACUACGAGGGGCUGGCGCAGGUCAGUCACAAUGGCUAUGCGGCGGUUCCGCAGACCGCCCAGUCUAGCCAACCGCACCUCUGGCAGGCAGACAUGCUUCCGCCAGACAGCUGCACCCUUCACAACUCAGCGACCAUCUACGAUGGAUAUCAGAACAGGAGUGACGCCAUUCCUCUUCAGAGUCAACCGACAUUCAACGGCGGAAAUCCGCAGGGCCCUACCUUACCGGUACUCCAAGAUCUCAGUUCUUGGUUCCCGGAGAAUUCCGAACAGGUGCAGCCACUUUCGCACGAGAAGUCCGUGACCGUUGCAACCGCUGAUCCCGUGCCGAGCCAUGUCUUCAGUCCAAACUUCAUGAGUCUUUGA